UUUUGAUGUUACUAAGAUCUUUCUAGUAAAAAAUAAAAAACAAAAAGAAGAAGAUAAAAAAAGCAUAUAAGAGCCCUGGCCGGUUGAUACACCGGCAAUAGCCGGUCACCGGUACAGUGCGAGGGCUGCCAAGUGCGAAACAGGAGUACAGGAGAGCAUGAAGUAGUGUCACGUAGUUGUUCGUCGGCCUAGCAUCGUAGAUAACUAGAUAUUACCUUUUGUCUUAUAUGACCCUUCUCCAGGAUCAUCGAAUUAUCCACGCCUCCCACGUGGACAUUCCGUCCGCCCUCCGAUCACCACCACUCGGUCCCGGCGCUACCCACUCCCUCCCACAAAGUCUUCGCCCCAAAAUCAACUUUUCCCCUGCCUUUUCUUCUUCCAACUUCGCUCCUUCCCACUUAAAUUCGGCACCGGCCGCCGCCAUCACCACCCCCGCCACCAUCGUCACCGACACUGCGACCCUUUUUUUGUAAUAAGCCUUUUUUUUUUUUUUUUUCCCUACUCUCUCUCUCUCUCUCUCUCUCUCUCUCUCUCUCUCUCUCUCUCUCUCGCGGUUGGGAUGGGAUUAUUGGCGUGAAAAAGUAAAGUCUUCAUGGCGUUCCACGGCCACCUCUCCCACGAAAUGGCGCUUCAGCAUUUUACCGAACAGCACUUGGGCGAAAACGCGGCUGUUUUACGGGGAAUUUCGCCGGAACAUCUCGGCCGAACGUCGUCGUCCGACAGGGAGGACCCCAACCCAAAGGACGUGCACAGGCUGAUUCUGGAGUCGGCGGUGAAACCCACCGCCGACCACCAUCACCCGCCGCUGCCGCCUUUUUCCGGAGGAACCGGGGCGCCCACGUGGCUCAACAGCCCGAUUCUCCGGCAGCAGGGCCAGUUCGCCGACGGGAGGUUUCUCCACCUGCAGACCAAUUCGGAGUCGCCGGGCCGGUGGCUACCAAGGGAAAACGACGACGUCGCGGCGUCGAGCCGCGAGAGCAACGGGAGGGAGGCGAUGGAGUGCGGCACGGGUGCAGAGAAUUGGGAGAGCGCGCGGUACAAGGCGGACGUUCUGGCGCACCCGUUGUACGAGCAGCUGUUGUCGGCGCACGUGUCGUGCUUGAGGAUCGCGACGCCGGUGGAUCAGCUGCCGAGGAUCGACGCGCAGCUCGCGCAGUCGCCGCGCGUGGCAGCGAAGUACCCUGUGGUUGGGAACGCCGGCGAGGGUUUGAACGAGAAGGAGCUUGACCAGUUCAUGACGCAUUAUGUUCUAUUGCUUUGUUCCUUCAAAGAACAAUUGCAACAACAUGUCCGUGUUCACGCUAUGGAAGCAGUAAUGGCUUGCUGGGAGCUCGAGCAAUCUCUACAAAGCUUAACAGGUGUAUCAUCGGGUGAAGGCACAGGAGCUACGAUGUCUGAUGAUGAUGACAACCAAGUUGAUGGUGACACCAACUUGUAUGAUGGAAGUCUGGAUGGAGCAGACACCAUGGGCUUUGGUCCCCUUGUUCCAACCGAAAGUGAGAGGUCAUUAAUGGAGCGUGUAAGGCAGGAGUUGAAGCAUGAGCUGAAACAGGGUUACAAGGAGAAGAUUGUGGACGUUAGAGAGGAAAUCCUACGGAAGAGGAGAGCAGGAAAACUGCCCGGUGACACGACCUCCCUCUUAAAAGCUUGGUGGCAAGCACAUUCCAAGUGGCCAUACCCAACAGAGGAAGACAAAACAAAAUUGGUUCAAGAAACAGGCUUGCAGUUAAAGCAGAUUAACAACUGGUUCAUUAACCAAAGGAAAAGGAAUUGGCACAGCAACGCUUCGUCUUCCUCUGUUUCGAAGAGCAAGCGAAAGCGGUAGGCUGAUUAAAGCAAGUGUUUCUUCUUUAAGCUCUGAUUCCAUCGACAGCUUUUUGCCAACUUCAGCUGGGAAAGAAGUAAUGCAGGUGAAACCCGAAACCAGCACCUCAUGUAAAUUGACAACUUCAUCCUAAAACCCAAAAAGCAUUCCCAGCAUCACACGGGGAGGGUAAUUUUAAGAUUAAAGAAUUGGGCUGCGAAGGAAGCUCGCAGUUACCAUACAUUAGGAGUUUAUUACUUUGCUUAUACAGAAACUCAAACAAGGUGUAAUCUCUUAAUUAGACGAGGCUUGCAUCAUCUGAUUACUCUGGUGGUUAGCUUCAUGAAAUUGGAAAGUUCUAUAUAUGUGUAAACAGAAUUAGUGUGACAGCUUGUACCACGAAUGUGUAUUGAUUUAAGAUCGAGUCUCAUUUUUUUUGCUUUUUUAUAUGUAAUUAAUAUGAGUACUGGCUUUGUUUUCUGGUGGCAAUUAUAUAUGGCAUGUUAUGAAAA